AUGGGGAUCAACGUCUUCACAUCGGGCACCGACAAUGUUCAAGCUGCUGACAUUCUUCGAAUAUCCAAUCAAGACAACAAUCCCUCAGGCUUUCUGAUAAACACGACAUCGGGCGUGAUUCCGCACUUCGAAUACGUCUUUCCAAUCCGUAGAAAGAAACCAUGGGUCACCUUGAUCUUGUUCACCUGGAAGGAUGAUCCUAUCCCUCUGAGCACUCCGUCCCCGCCAACCCUCGGUUCCCAAGUUCUGACGGUUCAAAGCAUCACAAUCCGGAUCCGUGAUAAACUUUUCAUAAACAGCAUCCAGACAACAGGGUCGGUCUUCUUCGAGGAUAUAAGGCUUCUCUGGCGGAGGAAGAUGAACCGCCUCGAACAAGAGUUAACGACGUUCAGCAGCAGCGAUGAGAUGGAGGUCGAAUUCCGGCAUGGCAGGUUCAUCCCCAACUCGGUGUAA